CAGGGUGCGUGCAUCCAAAGAAUUACGCCAAAAUAAUUACAGUUCGAUACUCACAAGGAAUAGAACAGAAGAAGGCAGGCGGCAAGAGUGACUAGAUGAGAGAAGUGAACUUAACCCCUUUGUGAAUAACAUUGCAAACAACACAAGCAAAAAUACAAUGAGGGGAAUACGACAAGGAAUAGGUUCUGUUAUGCUCUUUCUGGCACUUUAUGUGACUUUUCAAAUCAAAGCAUCAACGCAUGCAACCCCAAUAGAUUGCAAAAAGAACACUGCAGUCUGCUUAGAAGAGAUAAUGAAACAAAUCACUCAAGCUCGAUUUGAGGUUAAAAUUCUCAUGGAGAGCAAAACAUUGGCGAGACCUAAAGACUGUGCUGAGCUGUACAAAUCAGGCCAAAGAGUCAGCGGCGUUUACACAAUCGACCCCGAUGGUUUAGGUGCCUUUAAUGUAUAUUGUGACCAAACAACAGCCGGUGGGGGAUGGACAGUAUUUCAGAAGAGACUAAAUGGCUCCGUUGAUUUUAACCGCACUUGGAAUUACUACAAAUAUGGCUUUGGUAACUUGGUCGGUGAAUUUUGGCUUGGCCUGGACAAGGUAAACCGCCUGACGCGAAACAAGCCAUAUAACAAGCUUCGAGUAGAUCUGGGAGUGACUACUGGCAAAACUGUUCACGCUGAGUAUGACUGGUUUGGGAUUGGGACCGAGAUGGCUAAGUACCGGCUGUACAUUACCAAUACUGCAAGUGCGACUGAUCCUCUUGGUCAUCACAGAUAUUUCGUUUUUGGUACCUGGGAUAGAGAUCCUGCUAAUUGCUCUCAAAGAAGAGGCGGAGGCUGGUGGUAUGGCAACAGUAGUUAUUGUGCUGUUUUGUCAAAUCUCAACGGAAUUUAUCCGCGUUGUGGGAAUGAAACCUGGGCCAAUAUCUACUGGGGAAAUUUAGAUAAAAAAAGUCCCAAGGGAAACGUUCCCACAUCGACUGAAAUGAAAAUUAGACCUGUGGAUUUUUUGUAGAGCUUCCUCGUGAGGGUAUAGAGAUUUUCACAUGUUUUGAUGAAUUGUUUUGGAGGUGAUAACCAAUGUAUAACUGGCCCAGUUAUAUCCCUCGCUGAUUACGAUUGUGAUUUCCUGAUGAGUGUUUACUUUGCCUUGCCUGAAUUUAAAUAUAUUCCCGUGGGGAAACAUCAUCGUAAAUUGUUUCCUAUUAUAUACUUUUAUA